AUGAAGUUCGUUGCUGUUGCCUCUCUCGCCUUCAUUGGCGCUGUCGCUGCCCAGAACUCGACCACUGCUGCCACUGGCUGUGUUGCCAAGGACAAUGCCUGCCGUGCCAGCGACCCCGUCACCGGCCUCUCUGCCAACCAGGCCCAGUGCUCUGCCAACAAUGCUCAGUGCCAGGGCGACUGCUACGCCGCCUUGACCACUUGCCAGACCACUCCUGUUGAUGGCCUUUCUGCCAACCAGGCCGCCUGCAUUGGCCAGUACGCUACUUGCCUCGGCGAGAACCCCAUUGCUUCCACCGGCGGCAUCAUCUCCAGCUUCAUUCCUUACACUGCCACCGUCUCGGCCACUGCUUCUGCCACUUCGGCCUCUGCCAGUGCUUCGGCCACCGGCAACUGCAAGGACCGUGACAACACUUGCCGCACUACUCGUGGCCCUGACGGUCUUUCUGCCAACCAGGCCCAGUGCUCUGCCAACAACGCUGCUUGCCAGGGUGCUUGCUACGCUGCCUACAACACCUGCAGAACCACUCCUGUCGACGGCCUCUCUGCCAACCAGGCCCAGUGUGUUUCCGAGUACGCCACCUGCCUCGGCGAGAACCCCGUUGCUUCCUCCGGCGGUCUGAUCUCCAGCUUCAUCCCUUACUCUGCCACCGUUUCUUCGUCUGCCGCUGCCUCUUCUGCUACUGGCGGUGCUGUCUACGUUACUUCGGUUGUGACUGCCAUCACCACCGUCUGCCCCGCCCCCACCGCCGGCCCUUACACCACCACCAUCCACACCAACGUCUACACCGUCUCGUCGGCCACCACCAUCACCAUCACCGACUGCCCUUGCACUGUCUCUUCCAAGGUCCCUGCCGCUUCCACCAUGGUCACCGGCGGAGGCAAGACCAACGGCACUGCUACUGCCUCCAAGCCUGUUGCCUACACCGGCGCUGCUGUUGCUCAGCGCGCCGGCAUGGGAUUCCUCGGUGUUGCCGCUGGUGCUGUUAUGCUUUUUUUUUGA